UAUAAACGACUAACGUGAUGAACCAUCCGUUAAAACAAAUAUUUGAUUUUAAGAAUUAUAAAAAAGAUACUGUAUUCUAAAACACAAAAAAUGGCACGUAAAGAUACAUCCAAUCAUGGAAGUAAUAUUGAGAUAUACAGGAAAACUAUUGGAAAACAGGUUAACAAAAAUUCAAAAGAAUUGCUUUCCCAAAAGAAAAAAUCUCAAUUAGAACAUUUACAGCAUAAAUCUGCACAACAAAUAACACUCAUCAUGGGAACUCUAUUGAUAGGUGUAGCCUUGGUUUAUUGCUUCUUUUACUUCUACAUCCUCAAAUAAUUUUAAGCCUCAUAAUAGGACUGCAACUUCAUCAUAUCGAAAAAUAAUUUGAUGUCAUUUCCAAAGAAUAAAUUUAUGACCAACUGCGAAACCAAAUAUUUUAGACGAAUAGCUAAUAUUAUCUAUAUCAUCAUCACAUCCCAAUUAUACUUACUCAAAUAAUUAAAAAUUUUCUUCGCAUAAAUAUACCAAUCAUUAAACUACUUAAAUUAAUUAAACACCAGAUAAACAUUGAAACCUCUCUCAUUAUGCUUAGUAAUUAUCCUUUUCUCCCAAAUCAGCCAAUGCAAUUCUUUGCCUUCACAAGAACCAUAGUAAUGAUGACUCCCCUCAUAUUAUAAUUCGAUUAUCACUAUAAAAAAAUCUACUUCUCCCAACAAUAUGACUUCAAACUCAGUAAUGCUUCAUUGUUGCCCCUAUCUCUUAUGUCCCAGUGUAUUCAAACGUCCAUAUAGACUAUCAGCACACAUAAAUUCUCAACACUUAAAGUUCAGGGCAUUUCCCUGCAUAGAAGCUAGUUGCGAUAAAGCGUUUUACCGGAAAGAACACCUGAGAAGGCACACACUUAGAACCCACAAAAAAAUGCUACAAUCAUCACCUGGAACCAAGUACGAAGAUCUAGGCGAUUCUGAGGGGGAUCCUAUAGAAACUUCUAGUAUUACCCAGAAUAAUAUGGAGACUUGUUCAAAUUUUGAAAAUUCUGACCAAUCAACAAAUCUUUUAUGUACUGCAUUGGAUUCGAAAAGCCCACGCUUGCGUUGCGAAUUUAAAUGUCCCAAUUGUCCCAAGACCUACAAAAAGCGUGAGCGGCUUAAAACCCAUUUAUUAUCUCAUCAAGACUCAAAUAUAUCUACAUCUAACCUUGUUACUACUACCCUGCCUUACCUAUGCACCCACUAUGGCUGUCCUAGGAGUUCCCCUGGGAAAGGUUUUGCUUCCGCUUCACGUCUGCGCAGGCACAUUCCUAUUCACAACACCAAAGCUCUGGCGUCACGAGGUACCCGGGUUUUACCGCAUCGCUGCCCAUACUCGUCUACAUGUUUAUCUAGGCGCGUGACUUUUCGAUCCGCUAAACUGUUGUCCCAGCACUUGGAAAUAUUCCACAAGCCGGGAACCAAAAGAAACGAAACGGAAGAGGGUUUAUUGGUAAAUCAUAUGAAAAACGGAUCGAAUCUUGAAAAUCGAGAUAAUGAUGACGCCGAAAAUGGCGAAGCAACGAUAAACGGUUUCCAAGAUAUCGACAGGUCAAGGAAUAACAUGGAAGCUGGAACCGCGAAAUCCCGUGAAGGCCUAAACAAUUUACAGGAGGAAGCCUUGAAAACUUCUUCCAAUACUCAAACUAAUGUGGAGAUCUAUUCAAACUUUAAACAUUUUGACCAAUCAAAACUCUUAUGUCCCCCUGCAUCAUUUUCGAAAAGCGCACACUUAUAUCGUGAAUUUAAAUGCCCCGACUGCUCGAAGACCUUUAAAAAACGCGGGCAGCUUGAAACCCAUUCAAUAACUCAUCAAACUGACACUUCAAAUAUGUCCACUAAUCUUAUUAAUACUAAAACCCAUAUAUCACCUAACACAUCCCUAAAUGAUUGUCCUACCUAUAUUCCCGGCGACUAUCGCCUACCCAGGGACGACCCUAUUUGCGGCACGAUUGCUUCGCCAUCACGUUUCCGGUCCUCCCCGCAUCGCUGCCCGUACUCAUCGAUAUGUUUAGCUGGACAAGUUACCUUCCGAUCCGCGAAACUGUUGGCCAGACACCUAGAAAUAUUUCACAAGUCGACCAUAGAGAAAAACGCGGAGAUAAAUCACAUAAAAAACUUAACAGCUAAUCUUAAAGACGCCGAAAAUGGCGAUGCGUUGAUGAACGAUUCUUCUCCAGAAAUCGAAUUUAUGGGAAAUGGCGCUGAAGAGGAUUUUAUAACACCUGAAAGGGAUGGAAAAAUUGGCCAAAAUUCGCCAACCAAUAAAUUAGGCGAUAAAGCGAAAUAUGACCUCAUCGAGAUCCAAAGAUUUUAUUGUCCCUCUCCCAACUGCGGAAAAUAUUACUUGCACAGUCGAAACGUGACGCGUCAUUUGAAAGAUGGGUGCCCUUUUGCCGUUAAGGACGUGAGUUCGGAUCAUCCUAUGGCGACCGAACCCCCAAAAAGCUAGGGAAAGGUUCUAGAAAGAAAAAAAACAAAAUGGAAGAGGAACGUCCUUUUAAUCAUUCGUAUUGCCUAAGUUUUUUGCAAAAUUUUUUUCACAAUGACUCCAUAUCCGUUUAAGACAAAAUGAGAGGAUUAAAAUCCCCAUCGAAGACUUCGAGGAAUCUAAGGAAUUUAUUGUUAGAUAGACAUAUAAAAAGUUCCAAUAAUUGAAUAAAUAUUAUUUGUAAAAUCUACCGAUUUUUAUGACAGAUUUCGAUUUUGAUUUUCUUUUUGUAUCUAUUCCCGUUAUUAUCGAGCGACAAUUUAUUUCCGUGCUUCUAAAAUUCGCGCAAUUAUUGUACCUAUAUUCGCGCUUUUUUUUAAAAAAAAAAUAUAUAUAUAAAUGUCGUUAUCCGAAAAUUGUUUAUAAAAUUACUCUAAAGGUGGAGGAGGGAAAUUAAUAUAUAUGUAUGUUUUUUUCGAAAAACCCUGCAAAUCGGAGUGCAGAUAUACCAAUCACACAGCCCGGGCAGGGUACCCGGGUCGGGCUUAGGUCAUGGCCUGCAGGUCUCUGCUGUAGAUGUCAAUCAAUUAUCUCGUGAAUCUGUGAACUAGGAGAUUUCAAUAUAUAGGUUCGGAACACUUUUCAAAAACAUGAAUAAAUUUAUUAAUGUUAAACACUUGUCUGAAUAAAUUAAACCAUCUUCCUUGUCCUCGGAGUUAGGUUAUUUUUGGAUUUUACCUAAAACUAUACCAUUUUAAGAAAAAAUUUAAUUUGAACGAAAUUUUUAAUUCGACCCAACAGCGCCGUACUCCUGGGUUCGGUCGAUUCAUAAACACGUGAUUAGUUGGCUAACAAGGAAAUGAGGGUCUAAAUGUGAAAUCAUACAUUUCUUAAUUAUUUGUAAUAUAGGCCUAAAUUUCCAGCCUUUAAAUAAUAAUUUAAAUGAGGGAUCCCAACUGUAAAGAAUAUCGGUUCUGUGCUCUCUUCAGAUAUAAAUAUGGCAUACAAAGUUCGGGUUCGGUUUGCAAAAGAGUAAUCAUAACGGGCCGGUUCGAACAUUUUUUAACCCGGUUCAAACUUUUUCACUUAGCAAAUUAAAUAUUAUGCAAAGAAAAGAAUAGUUUUUAAACUUCCCCUGUACUCAACCAGCCCCGGGCUCCCCUACAUUUAAUUUUUUAUAUAAAUUAAAAAAAAAAAAUAAAGAAUAAUUUAUGUCGUAAUAGUCUGAAUACCUAGACUGACGAUGCAUUCGUAAUAAUGAGUGUGAAAGCGUCGUUGAAUGCAAAUCAGCUGGGUCCGCCAUUUUGAUAACCCAUAUUAGUAAUUAUUCUCAUGUUAAAAAACUACCAUUAAAAUUGAUAACUUGCUUCCUUUAUUAUCUCUAUGAGAAGAGCGAUUCCUUAAUAAAGUUUGCGUCAUACAUAGGAAAUAAAUUGGCCUCUCGUUUAAAAUUUUUAAGUAAUGAUACGGGUAAUCAAAAUGGCCCACCCAGCUGUUUUCAUUGGAUGCACACUUUUGAUGAAUGCACCGUCAGUCUAGGUAUUAUUAUAUGUCAUCGGAUUCACACCAUAAAUAUUUUAUAAACAUCCUCCGAAAUAUACGUGCGCAAAAAUAUAUAUCUCAAAAUUAGGAAACGGAAGUUAUAGAUGAUUUAAUUUUAUUUUAAAUCCGCUAAAAAAAACCCGAGUCUAUAAAACGUAGCCCUGAAUUUUAAUAAACUCUGUCUUUAUGACAUAUACAAUUUUUCUUAAAGCCACUUUUG